AUGUUCUCUGGAAUAGACGAUUACGACCGACCUUCUCCCUGCUCCCCUCUCCCUCCCUGCAGAUCAUUAUUCACUCUGGCCAACAAGGCCAUGUACUCUGGGAUAGACGAUUCCGACCUCCUCCCCGCACCCCUCUCCCUCCCUGCUGCCACCACAACUGACGGCACCGGGACCAAUGGCAGCGUGCCAGCUGUCCAGAUGCCGAUUCUGAUUGGCCCAAAUGAGGGAGCGAAUGGGGAGGAGGAGGAUGGGGAGGGGAGGAGGGUGGGUGGCAGGGGUGACGGGGCAGGUGACGUGGCGGUUAUAGCUGGGGAGGGGGGAAGAAGGAGAGGGGGACUGAGUGGGGGAGAAGGGGAAGGAGGGAAAGGGAAGGGAGACGAGGGGACGAGAGCAGAACACUGGACGGCUGAGGAGGUAGAGAGAGAAGCGAUGGAAUAUGAAACCAGUACCGGAAAGGGAAAGCUUGGGACAGGAGGAGAAGGCAAGGGGCAGCAAGCAGGGGAGAGCCAGCAGAACCAACAGCAGAACCAGCAGCAGAAGGAGCAGCUGCAACUGCAAGUCCCGGGGCUGAUAUCCCGUGCCAUGCUGCCUCGAUCCCAAUGGGUGAAUCUGGUGAUGCUGGAUGUGAUUAAGGAGAGAAACAGGCCCAUUCAGCCCCCCAAGAAACCUGAGCAAGCUCCCUUUUUCCUCCCCUCUGUGCCGACGUUUUCCGGAGCGAUUCACUUUGCUCCUCCCCAGGCCGGUACUGCUGGAGGCUCGGCCGAACCUGCUGAGGCUGCCGGUUCGGCUGAACCUGUUGCCACAGCUGCCGGUGCUGUUGAUGCCGGUGCUUCAGGUGGUUCGUCAGGUGGUGCUUUGCCAGGGUGGGGGGAUGAGGAAGAUGCGGAGAUGGAGGAAGGGGAGGAGGAGGAGGAGGGAGAGGAGGGGAGUGAGGAGGGGGAGGAGGGAGGCGAGGAAGGGGAGGAGGGAGGGAAGAAGGGGAGUGUGUUGGGGAAGAGGAGGCAUGGGAGGGUGGUGAGAGGAGGCAUAGAGGAGUCUGAAAUGGACACGGAGCUGAUGAGGGCGAUCAGGAGAGAUGCACAGUGCGAGCCAGCAGACUACUCCCAAGCCAUGGCCCUGCUGAAAGCCAUGUCAUCAUCAGCCACUGAUCCCAUAACCCCCCCACUCUCUCUACCCUUUGCACCUCUCUCCCCACCCCAUAUUUCCUAUUCUCCCCCCCUCCCAGACUCCCAAGCCAUGGCACUGCUGAAAGCGAUGUCGCCAUCAUCCAUUGAUUUGGACGUCUUCCUUAUUCAAUCGCCUUGCUUACCUUUUGAGAAUUCUCAAAAGCGACUCAGAUUGAGCUUCCUCUUUUCACCCAUACUUCCUUCUCUCUCCCCCCAUCUUCCUCUUUCUUUCCUUUCAGACUCCCAAGCCAUGGCCCUGCUGAAAGCCAUGUCGCCGUCAGCCGUUGAUCUGGAGCUGCGGGCGAUCGAGAUCGUCGAUGACAACCCCUCACCGGCGGAUCUGCACCGCGUGGCUCUAUUCAUGUCCUUCUUGGAGGGGAAGCUUCGAGGAAGCUGCGACUUUGAGCUGCUGCAAGCCGUGACCCACCGGUUCCUGGCGAUCCACGGGUCAGCCAUCUCCUCCUUCCCCCAGCUGCGCGCCAAGCUUCCCGCCCUGAGAGAAGCCCAGGCAUCCAGCUGGCAGCGGCUCGACGAGCUCUUUCAGAGCAUUCGCUGCGUUGUGGAUUUUAUCGCAUCUUCCUAG